UUCUUUUGGCGCUACAGCACACAAAAUUGCAACUGAUCUUCGAUUAUUGGCUAAUCUUAAAGAAAUCGAAGAGCCAUUCGAAAAAGAUCAAAUUGGCAGCAGUGCGAUGGCGUAUAAAAGAAAUCCUAUGAGAUGUGAAAGGGUUUGUAGUUUAAGUAGGCAUUUAAUGGUUUUGGCACAAGACGCUUUAAUGACUAAUAGUGUGCAAUGGUUUGAAAGAACUUUAGAUGAUAGCGCCAACCGCCGAAUUUCUCUCCCCGAAGCAUUUUUGACAUCUGACAUAGUCCUUUCUUUGCUUCAAAACAUUUUCGAAGGUUUAGUAGUAUAUCCACAAGUGAUUCGACAUCAUAUAUCACAAGAACUUCCAUUCAUGGCUACAGAAAAUAUAAUUAUGGCGGUUACUAAAAAGGGUGGUGAUAGGCAAGAAUGUCACGAGAUGAUUCGAGUUUUAAGCCAUCAAGCAGCUAAAGUUGUUAAAGAAGAAGGAAAAGAGAAUGAUUUGAUCGAAAGGAUUAAGAAAACUGAGUAUUUCAAGUACCCAUCUACAUUUAUAGGCCGAGCACCACAGCAAGUUGAUAAAUUUAUAAAGGAACAUGUUAACACCGCUUUAGAACCUUAUUCUGAAAUAUUGAAACAAGAUAAAUAUGUCACAUUAUCG